UCAGUUCACUUUCCAAGCUUCUAUCAAUCGGAUGGUAGACCUGAUCAACAUGAAGUUUUUAAUUAAAAUUGUCUUACUUCUUACUGUCGGCUUAUCAACCAGCACAAGCCAACAUGUGUCAUUAGUUGGAUCUCGCCAAGUGCCUACCGACUCAGACUUCAGAGUGUAUUUGGCAGCACAAGAUUUAACUACGGAUUCAAUAGUCAACGUGACAUUACAAUCUGAUCUAGAUUAUGGAGUUUCUAAGGUUUUUGAUGGAGUCUCUGGUGAUUUAUCUCAAGAAAUUGAAUUUAAGCUCCCACAAAACCGUCAAUCAGACUACAAACUCAACAUCAUCCACAAAAAUAAGGUCACAAAUAAAUGCAUGAAACAAUCUGUGGCUAUUGGCGGCAACUCUAAUCGACACAUGAUAUUCAUUCAUCAUGAUAAGCCAGUCUACAAAAAUGACGACAUGAUAAGGUUCAGAACGUUCGUACUUGAUCGCGACAUGCUGCCUUACAGGUACACAAGCAUGAACGUUUCAAUUAUGGAUGGCAGACGGAAUGUCAUCAAAAGAUUUGAAACUGUUCAGUCCACAAGUUUUGGAGUAUUUGAAGGCUACGUAAUGGUUGCUGAAUCACCAAAUUUGGGUGAAUGGAGAAUCGAAGUUAAUGUCGAUGGCAGGACAAGAUCAAAGCAUUUCCCAGUAAAAAAUCAUGAAAAAAGUAAUUUUGAAGUUGUGAUCCAAUCCAUGGACAAGGAAGUUCCAUUUGAAGAUGUUUACAUAUUCUUACGUAUUCAAGCUAAAAGUCCAGUCAAUAAAAUGUUUAAUGGAAUUGCAAAAAUUUCAUCUUCAACAAGACUUGAUGGUGAUUCCAAGCAAUUGCUUGGAGGAUUUAUUAAGAACGUCACACUUCCGCUUGAUAAGCCUGAAGUAUCAUUGAGAAUUGAUAAUGAUUUGGGUAUACGAAGUCCACAGUCUGACAUGAUUACUACUCUGAUUGUUGAAGUAUUUGAGGACAGGACGAGGCACUAUGAGAAGGUCACCGUUGAUGUUCCAUUGAGGAUGUAUCGCAAUCGAUUGCAACUGACACGUAAUCCAUCAUUUAAGCCUGGAUUUGAUUUUGAUAUGAAUAUUAAGGCUAAGACUCUUAAUGGACAGCCUGACAUGUCACUUAGGCAGCUCACAAUGAAUGUAGACUAUGAAAAUUUCGACGAGGAUACUCAGCAGUCAUCAACAGAUAAGAAGCAAUUUAAUUUGAACCUCAAGAAAGGAGAACUUGAUGUUGUUUUACAGCCUGCAGCUAUUACAAGAUCCAUUAAGGUUAUUUUUGAAUUUGGUGGAACGGAACUGACUGACAGAAUUGUAAGGAAAGAAAAUAAUGGAAUUCAUGAGUACAUGCAGGCUACUAUUGCUAAUAAGAAGCAAUUGUACGACCCAACUGAGACCCUCCAAAUAACAGCCAAGUCAAGUCACACACUCCAAACUUUACAUGUCUUAGUCAUCGGAUCAACUGGACUUUUGUACUCUAAAUGCUUUCCUGAAGCACAUGAUAAGGAAUCUUUCAAGUUCUCAUUGACAUUAUCUGAGCAAAUGAGUCCACAGGCAUACAUUGUGACUUUCUAUACGAGAGCUGAAGAUGGAGUUAUGAUUGGUGAUGAAUUGAUGAUUACUCUUAAACAUUCUGCAAGGAAUUGGAUUGAAAUAUCUCCAGCCGUUCAAAGCACAAAGCCACGAGAGUAUGUCAAAAUCAACAUAAACUCAACAAAAGAUUCUCUAGUCUUCCUGACAGCAGUUGACCAAAAUGCAACACUUCUUGGCCAUGACAAUGAUAUCACUCAAUUGUUCCUUCACUCUGAAGUUGCUCGUUAUAUGAAUCAGAAUUUAAACAGCACCUACGACUUGGGGCAUGUCAAUUCAUUUGUUUUGCAACCUUUGGUAUCUGGAGUUCCAUGUGAUGCUAAUGAUGUAGUUAGAUCUGCGAUGUGGAACGAUCAGGAACAAACACUCGAAGAUAAGUUGACUCAAAAAUAUUUCCCAGAUGUUUGGCUUGAUGAACAGAUUGAAAUAAAAAAUCAGGAAUUCCAGACAAUCCAAAGGCAGGUGCCGAAUGAGCUUACAUCAUGGAUAAUUUAUGGAACAUCAAUGCAUCCAACAAAGGGAUUAGCAAUCGUAGAACAGGAAGCAAGAGUUUCAUUAUUCAAUGAAAUUUCACUUAAAGUUAAUGCACCAGCAACUGUCCAUAAUGGUGAGGUGCUGAAUUUAGAACUUAAUGUCUUCAACUUCCUCAAAACAUCACAAAGUGUUCAAGUCACAGUAACAGUCGAAAAUGGAGACACAAUGGAUGAAAAGACAUCAACAGUCAAUCGUAAAGUUUGCAAAACUUACACCCGAAGACGUAAUCCAGCAAUGACAUAUACUCAACCAAUUACAGCCAAUUCUAUGUCACCAACACACAACGUCUUCGUCCAGCCACUUGCAUUAGGAUUCAUGAGGAUCAAAGUCACAGCAACUGGUGCAAAUGGUGUAACUGAUGAAGUUUCGAGAGUCAUUGAAGUUCAGGAAUGCAGACAAUUGAGACAAACUAUCGUUGAAUCAGCUUUGAUUGACAUAGUUGAGCAGGGAUCAGUUAAAAAUAACGUUGUUCUUAAUCUCCCUGACAAUGUUGAAGUAGUUGACGUUUAUGCAAUGUUUACUGGCAAUUUGUUAGGUCCGGUGCUCAGGAACUUGGAUUUGUUCAGAAACGUACCAAUGGACUACCGUGAACCCAAAAGCAGUAGCUUUAUGUUAUCUAUGAUUGUAGCUGAAUAUCAUCAAUCCAGACAUGAUGAAAUCCCAACUGAAGUUAUGGAUGCAAUGCUUAAAGGCUACCAAGAAACCCUUGAAUCUCUCCAAAGUGACACAAACGCACAAAAGUCAGCUCUGUUUUAUGUCUACGCAACAUUUGCUCUCAUUAAAGCUAAGAGCUUCAUUGAUGUUGAUGACAGCAUCAUUGAAAUGUCACUCGAUUACUUGAAGGGAAAACAAGGUUCAGAUGGAAGUUUCAUGGAUAGAACAGAUGAGGAUGUGGGACAAAUGAGUUCUCCAAGACAGAUUUUAACAGCUCAGUUCACUUUGGCAUUUAUUAAGUAUCAGACGUACUCAAAUAAAUAUGACGAUGUGAUUGUAAGAGCUAUUAAGUUCUUGGACUCAUCAAAGACAGAUUUGACAACUGAUUAUGAGAAAGUUCUUGUUGCUUAUACAUUAUCAGCACAUGGUGAUCAAGAAUCAUCAAAGAUGCUGACAUCAAGCAUGACAUGCACAUUCGCAAACAACCCAGAUUUUAAACAGGAAACUUCACUUUACGUUGGAAUUGCAUCAUUCUUAGUUGAACUCAAAAUCAAUGAAGGUGUGGAUCCAAAAAUUGAAGUUGAAUGGCUGUUAAGGCACAGACAGCCAAAUGGAAUGUUCUUCUCACCUCACGACACGUUGUCAGGUUUACAUGCUCUGCUGUCAUAUCAACUUAAUAGAAAUACUAAAAGAGUGAACUUGGAAGUAUCAGUUGAUGGACAAACUGGCAUUGUGACAGAAAGCAAUGAAAAUUUGCGCCUUAAAUUGUCUCAAAAGGAUCAAUACACAAUUAGAGCAUCUGGUGAAGGUCUUGGAUAUGCAACAAUCUAUUACGAAUAUGUUGAAAGAGGAUCAACAACUUAUCCACCGAGAAACUUUUUAAUUGCUUUUAAAGGAGACGAUCUUCCUGGAAAUAUACUUGAUAUAAAAAUUGAUGUCAAAAUGAUUGCUCCAGGAUUAAAGACAUCGAAUUUGGCGGUUCUUGAAGUUGAGAUGCCAAGUGGAUAUGAGUUUUAUAAUCAAACUAAUAGCGAUAACUUCAAGAAGGUUGACUACUGGAAGGAAAGAACAGUCGCAGUUUUUUACAUUGAAUCAAUGGAUGCUAAUCUAAUAUACAGUGUGGCAAUGCAGGCAGUUAAGGUCUAUCAAGUUGAAUAUACUGCAAAAUCAGCUGUCAAGAUUUAUGAUUAUUAUCGUCCAAAUAUAAUAGAUGAGAUUCAUUAUGACAAUGACGUAAAUAUGCAAAACUGUAAACCAAAUGGUAAUCAGGAAGACAUUAAUCCAAUAGAAACCACCACCAAGAAGAACGGAUUUUGGCCAUUUGGAUAGAUUUGAAUCAUUAUUAAAAAUUAUUUUCAAAUAUUUAUGUUUUUUUAUAAAAAUUAUGAUUAGACUCAUUACUCAUUUUCUAAUGGGCCCACGUGAGCCCUUAGCCAAGAAAGUAAGUAAGGAAGACUCAUUUCACAUUACGAAAGUUGAGUCCUGAAAGAAUUAAUAAAAGAAAUGC